AUUGUAGUUUUGCACUCGUAUUUAAUUUGACCUUACGACCGUGAUAUCAGGUUCAUAUUUACGAAGUGAUUAGCUAAUAUACUUCGUCCGAGUCCCUAGAAUAUUCUUUCAUUCAUAAAACAUGUCCAAUAUUGUAACAGUUAAUACAAACCCUUACGAGGGACAAAAGCCGGGAACCAGUGGUUUACGUAAAAAAGUUAAAGUAUUCCUCCAAGAAAAUUAUACUGAAAACUUUAUACAGAGUAUUUUGGAUGCUAAUAAGAAUGCGAUAGUUGGUUCUACGUUGGUUGUCGGUGGUGAUGGAAGAUACUUAGUGAAAGAAGUUGUUGAUAAAAUCAUAAAGAUAUCAGCUGGUAAUGGAGUAGCGAGACUGCUCGUUGGUCAAAGUGGAAUUCUUUCCACACCAGCUGUGUCUCAUAUCAUCAGGAAAUAUAAAACAUUGGGUGGCAUCGUACUUACCGCUUCCCACAAUCCUGGUGGCAUCAACAAUGACUUUGGCAUCAAGUUCAAUUGCAGUAACGGUGGCCCAGCGCCUGAUGGUACCACAAACGAAAUAUACAAGCUAACAACAUCGAUCAAACAGUAUAAAAUAGUUCCUGACAUUAAGUGUGAUAUUGAGACCAUUGGAGUACAAAGAUUUAAGGUAGCGGACAACGAAUUCGUUGUGGAGAUAAUAGAUCCGGUGAAGGACUACGUUGACUAUAUGAAGGAGAUCUUCGACUUUCCGAAGAUCAAGUCCCUCUUGCAGGGCUCCGAGCAAAGAAAGCCCUUCAAAAUUCUCAUCGACUCUAUGAGUGGAGUGACGGGCCCGUACGUGCGGCGCAUCUUCGUGUCGGAGCUGUGCGCGCCGGCGGGCUGCGUGCGGCGCGCCGAGCCGCUGGCGGACUUCGGCGGCGCGCACCCCGACCCCAACCUCACGUACGCCGCCGACCUCGUGGCCGCCGUGCAAGCCGCCGACUACGACUUCGGAGCCGCCUUCGACGGAGACGGCGACCGCAACAUGAUAAUAGGUCGCGGCGCGUUCUUCGUGACGCCGUCCGACUCGCUGGCCGUGCUCGCCAGCCAGCUGCAGCACAUCCCGUACUUCCAGCGCACCGGCGUGCGGGGCUUCGCGCGCAGCAUGCCCACCGCCGCCGCCGUCGACCGCGUCGCGCGAGACCUGGGGCACGAGAUGUUCCAGGUGCCCACGGGCUGGAAGUACUUCGGCAACCUGAUGGACGCGGGGCGGCUGUCGCUGUGCGGGGAGGAGAGCUUCGGCACGGGAUCCGACCACGUGCGGGAGAAGGACGGCGUGUGGGCGGCGCUGGCCUGGCUGUCCGUGCUGGCCGCCAGCGGGCUGGGUGUGGAAGAGCUGCUGCGCAACCACUGGCAGAAGUACGGAAGGAACUACUUCACCAGAUACGACUACGAGGAGUGCCCCAGCGACCCCUGCAACGAGAUGAUGCAAGAAUUGGAGAAGAAGAUAACUGAAGCUGGGUUCAUUGGCUCCAAGCACACGUCAGGAGACAAGACCUACGUCGUGGCCGAGGCAGACAACUUCUCCUACAUGGACCCCGUGGACCGCAGCGUCGCCAUGAAACAGGGUCUACGCAUCGUUUUCGAAGAUGGUUCCAGGAUAGUCUACCGUCUCAGUGGAACAGGUAGUUCCGGAGCUACUGUGAGAUUAUACAUAGACUCAUACGAAGCCAAGGACGUUCUGGGCGACGCCCAGCUCAUGCUGCGUCCGCUCAUCCAGCUCGCCCUGGAGCUGGCGCAGCUGCCGCACUACACUGGCCGGGACGCGCCCACCGUCAUCACAUAGACACAUUAGUCUGCUACGAAUCGAUUUAUUCAAACUGUAAAUAACAUCUCGUUUCUAACCUGUUUGAAAGAUUUUUUUUUAAUUGUAACACAUUUUACAAUUAAAAUAUAAUAGUAUGUUAAGUCAAAAAAUUAUUACACCUCGGGUUAUAUAGGUUUUAUAUUAAGUAAAUAAGUGAAUUUUAUCUAAAUUUUAUUUUAAACUGGAAUUUGUAACUGAUAUUUAUUAAUGAUUAAGUUCAAAUAAGAAAAUAAUCUUUUACUGUUUAGUAAAGUACAAAAUACCUAACAAGGACCGAUAAAGCGUCAAUGGCGCAAUGGCUUACGGGCCGCCUAGCGAUGAAUAUGUCGCAGGUUCGAUCCUGACCCCUUGGGCUAUUGUCGUCCCCACUCCGAACACAAGCUUUGCACUUUAUUGGUGGGUUAGAUAGGAAUUAGUAAUUUCCAAAAGACAUGUCUCGUUUUAACGAAAAGUAAACUAAAAUUUAGUUUCAAUUAUUUUUUCAUUUUAAAUUAAUUAAAUAAAAUUAUAAUUAAAAUGAUUUUUUUUUUUCUCUUACAAAAAUAUUUUUUGUUUUAUGUUUUUUUGCACUGUUCAUUAGGUUAAGUUGAUAUAUUGUUGAUCGUUGUUAGUGUGGAGGCAUUCUUGGCACCACUUACCACUGUACAUCAAUGGUGGUACCAUCUGCCUCCGAUAAUGGUUCACAAAAAAGUUUAAGAUGUAUAGUCAUUCAUGAAAUUUUAUGAGUAUAUAAAUAACAAUAUAAUUAAUAUAAGCUUAUUUGGAAAAAAUAUAUUAGAUUAUAUUAAAUAUAUAAAUGAAUAUAUAAUACUACACAUACAUACAACAUAUAACGCUUUAUACAGCGUUAUAAUUUCGAUAAACAAAUCUAUUACUGCGAUGCGUUUUGCUGCAAUUUCAGCGUGUAAAAUAAUAAAUAUUUUUACAUUUUAUAAUAAUUUUGUAGCUACUUUUAUUUAGGCUGUAUCCAUGUUUUGUAUUUUUCUUUUUGUGGUGUACAAUAAAGUAAAGUAAUAUUAUUGAAGCAAAUUAUAUUAUCAUUUCAUUGUUAUUAAAUAUUUGACUGAACUUGCAACUUAUGCCAGAUUUUUCUUUUUGUUGUAAUUUUUAUUACAAAUGAUCAAUAUUUUUAAAAGUAUUUUAUUAUAGAUGAAAUAAAUUUAAAUAUAUAUAUAUAUAUAUAUUUUGGAAAUCACUUUAUUUGAAAUUAUUGAAACAAUAUUUUAGUCGAUUGUGAAUUUAUCAAUGCCAAAGAGAUAUAAA